AGCAGCCAGGAUCAGACUCCUGGAGGUGGGUGGUAGUGGACAAUGCUGGCUGUCUUGCUCUGCAUAAUCGUCUGUGUUUUUUCCACUGGGGGCCUCCAUCGUAAUGGCAGGAGCCUGGAGAGACCGGAUGUGGUGACAUGGAGUGUGGAGAGCCCGGACACGGUGAUAGGGAGGGUAGGAAAGCCAGUGGUUCUGUUCUGCACGUUCACUCACCCUCACCAUGCAUACAGAGGGAACAUCAGCGUCAGCUGGAGGGAAGAGAAGACGGGCAAGUGGUUUCUCAAUUACACCAAUUACCCUUCGGGCAACGGGUUUGCCAGUUGGAUCCAAGAGAGUGCAGGGGAGCGCUUCCAACUAGUGGGGAGUCCGCGGCGGAACGACGUGUCCAUAAUCAUCAGGAGUUUGAGACCUUGUGAUGACCAUACGCAGUAUACUUGCCUUGUGGAGCUGCAGGUGCACAGGAAUCAGACAGCCCAUAACUUCUCCCAAACACUUCUCAUGGUAACAGGUGGUUUCAAAGCAACUUCGGUGAUCGGGAAGAGGGGAGGUUCUUCCAGACUGCCCUGUUCCUUCAGCCCCCUUGAUAAGAAAGUUGCGUCCAUCACUAUCCUCUGGACGAAGGGGAAUCCUUGGAAAGGGACCACUGUCUUCAAUCAGACUCGCUCCAGCUCCGUCAGCACUCCCUACACCAUCACUGUAAACGAAGGAGGUCGCUAUGAGCUGGUGGGAAACCCAGAGCAGGGAGACGCCUCCAUCGGGGUGACGGACCUCAGAAUGAAUGACUCUGGUGAUUAUUUCUGUUGUGUUUGGGUCAGGAAUUCCACAUGGGAAACGGUGAUUCAGGACGAGACAGGACUCCAGGUUAUAGUCCCAGCCACCAUCCUGGAGCUGUCUCUUGUGACUGAUGAUGACAGAGAGACCCUGGUGUGCAGGGCUGAAGGAGAACCCCCUGCAAUCAUCACGUGGAUCGGCCCUGAGAACAGUGCAUUGCCCGCCAACGGUAGUGAGAUGAGAUUCACGCGAGAUCCAGAGCGACAUCAGGUUGUUGGGGAGCUUUUCCGCCCCAGGACGGGAGGAAGCUACCACUGCGUGGCUGAGAAUGGACACGGAAGAGACACGCGCGAGAUUGACCUGUCCGCCACCGAUAACAGUUACUCGAAUUUCAUCAUCGGAAUGCUGUGCCUGAUUCCACUGAUUAAGUUUCUUCUCCUUCUAAUAACAGGCAUCAUUCUCUUCAUUAAGAUAAAAGAGAACUGAAAGAUUCGUACAUUUACAACAAUCCCCAUUCACAAUGAGUUUGAACACCUGGGGAGAGCAGUUUCUUGUAUGUUGACGGAAUGAUUCUACUUAUUGACGCACUAUAAUUCAGAAGACGUGGCAAUUCUGGACCAUGGAAAACACAGCAUCCACUGGAACACAAGCACUUCCAUUUUGACCUAUUCUUAGGGGUUUUACUAAAAUGAACAUCUUUGGAGAAUGUUGUGAAAAGUUUGAAGGUUUGAAUCUGGAUGAAGGGUCUCGGCCUGACUCUUUGUACCUCUCUGCUGAUGCUGCCUGACUUGCUGAGUUCCUCCAGCAUUUUGUGUGUGUAACUGUGAACAGUACAAUCUUUUCCACGUGAACACUAAUUGUGUUUACCAAAACUUUAAAAAGUGUCCUGACAUAAGGAUGCUAUGUAAAAGAACAUCUCCCUUUUGUACAGAUUGUCCAUAGGUUAUAAAUAAUUGACUUAUGGACAUUUGUACUUAUGAACAAGCUCCCUCAGCAUUUGUAAAUUCAAGUAUACGUACGGGGGCUCUCUGAGUCACAGCAGGGCGUUCAGAAGCCUCACAGCCCAGAAGAACAAGCUGUGAACCAGCCGAACUCUCUUUGUUUUUAUUCUGUGGUACCUUCUGCCUGAUGCAGAUGUUGUAUCUCCCCUUUCCAGUCCACCACCACACAGAGAAUAAUAGUUGAAACACAAGAGGUUCUGCAGAUAAUGGAAAUCUUGAGAAACACACACACAAUACUGGAGGAAUUCAGCAGGUCAGGAAUAAACAGUCGAUGACUCGGGCCGAGACCCUUCAUCGGGGCUCAUCAGAAGGACUUCAUUGGGAAUAAUAGCUUUCCGCUUUGGAAACAGAAGUGGAUAACCACAAAUUGAUCCACUUCAGCCUUUACCUGCCAUGCAUUUUCCAGUGUGACUCAGUCAUCAAAAUGACUGCAGUUCUCGUGUUGAUGUGUGCAAAUGACCUUUUUGUCACCACAGACAAAUGAAUGAGUACCACCAGGGGUAUGGACAGGGUGAACGCACACACGCUCUUUUGAAACCAGACGGCAUGGGUGUAAGGUGAGAGGAGAGAGAUUAAAUAGAAAUCUGGGAGACAACAUUUUCACCCACUGAAAAUGAAUCUCAAGGUUCAUAUGGUAACAUAUGUACACUUUGAUAGUCAAUUUACUUCAAAUUUUGUACAGAUUCAAAAUGCUCUAGUGUUGACAUGAUCUUCCCAUCAAAGACCCACUUUGACUUUGCCCUGCCUAUCUCGACCAUCUGGUUCCCCCUCUCCUUCUCUUUCUCCCAUGGUCCACUCUCCUCUCCUUUCAGGUUCCUUCCUCCACCUAUUAAUCUGAGAUUCUUACUUUAUCCUGAUCCACUGCCUUCCCAUCCGCCACCUUCCCCAUCUGUCUGCCUUCCCCAUCCACCGACAUUCCCCAUCCAUCUGCUUUCCCCAUCUGCUGCAUUCCCCAUCUGCUGCAUUCCCCAUCUGCUGCAUUCCCCACCCACUGCCUUCCCCAUCCACUGCCUUCCCCACCCACUGCCUUCCCCAUCCACUGACUUCCCCAUCCACUGACUUCCUCAUCCGCCUACCUUCCCCAUCCACCUCCGUCCCCAUCACAUGGUCUCACCUAUCAUCUGCCAGCUUGUACUCUUUCCCACCCCGCCUCUCACCUUCUUAUUUUGACCUCUUCUUUCUUCUUUUCCAGUCCUGAUGAAAGGUCUCAGCCUGGAAAGUCAACUGUUUAUUCCUCUCCGUAGAUGCUGCCUGACCUGCUGAAUUCCUUCAGCAUUUUGUUUGUGUUACUCUGGAAUUCCAUCAACUGCAGCAUAUCUUGUGUUUAUAUUUAUCAAUCCUUGUCUAUUUAUGUGUAGCUUUUUCCAUUGUACUAAUUUUUUCCCAUAAAUUUCUGCAAGAAAAUAAAUUUCAAGUUAAUGU